AUGAUGGGCUCGAUAAACCAGUCCAGCAAUCCCUUGGGACCAGUUAUCCCUCUCUUGCUCGAUGGCAAAGAGAUCAAUACAGAAGUGACGUAUGACGUCGUCUCACCCACAACUGGUCAAACUAUUUACAAAUCCUCCUCCGCCUCUGUCGAGGAUGCUAAAAGAGCUGUCGAAUCCGCACAAAACGCUUUCGAGUCAUGGUCGCAAACCAAGCCCAGCGAUCGAAGAGACAUUAUCCUCAGGGUCGCAGACAUCUUACUCCGGGAUAAAGAAAUUUUGCGCACAAUCGCCCGCCAAGAGACCGGAGAAGUUGACUCCAUGUUCGACUUUGAGCAUAAUUUAGCUGUACAAGCAUGUAAGGCUGUUGCAGGUUUGAUCUCUGCUGUUCGUGGCUCUGUUCCGACAGUUAGCGAUGAAGGCAGAUCUGCUAUGAUCCUUCGCGAGCCUUUCGGAGUUGUUUUGUCCAUCGCUCCUUGGAAUGCUCCUUUUAUCUUGGGUAUUAGAUCAUGCCUUGGCCCUUUAGCGAUGGGUAAUACAGUCAUAUUCAAGGGCUCUGAGUUGAGUCCCGGUGUCUAUUUCAAAAUUGCGUCCAUCUUCCGCGAAGCCGGGCUUCCCAACGGAUGUCUCAAUACUAUUCUACAUCGCCAACAAGAUGCCGCCGAAGUCACUUCGGCACUCAUUGCGUUGCCUGCUGUGCGCAAAAUCAACUUUACCGGUAGCGCGCUCGUCGGUGGUAUUAUCGCUAGCCAAGCCGCGAAGCUUCUUAAGCCAACCCUUAUGGAACUCGGUGGAAAGGCUCCUACAAUUGUAUGCGAAGAUGCCAACCUCCAAGAAGCUGCUCUUGGUGCAACUCUUGGAUCAUUCCUCAAUUCUGGCCAGGUUUGUAUGUGCACCGAGCGUGUAAUCGUGCACGCUGCUGUAGCGGACCAAUUUAAAGAAAUUUUCAAGCAAACCAUCGAUCAAAUCUUCGGCACACCCGAUGGCCUGACGCUAGUUAACGCACUCCCCGUAACCAAAAACAAGAAACUUCUCUCCGACGCCAUUUCCAAGGGUGCCAAGGUGGUUCAUGGCGACCCUAAUCAUACAGCCGCAAUCAAUACCGCUAUGCGGCCCGUUGUUCUAGAAGGUAUUAAGGAAGGAAUGGACAUGUACUACACCGAAUCCUUCGGACCUACCGUGUCCCUCUUUACUGUCGAAAAUGACGAAGAGGCAAUUCAAAUUGCGAAUGAUACCGAGUACGGGUUGGCAGCUUCGGUCUACACCGAGGAUUUGAGACGAGCAUUCAGGAUUGCGAAGAGAAUUCAGUCCGGUGCUGUGCAUAUCAAUGCUAUGAGUGUGCAUGAUGAGAGUAGUUUGCCUCAUGGUGGGUUCAAGAGUAGUGGAUAUGGCAGAUUCAAUGGCAUCGAAGGGCUAGAGGAGUGGGUUCAGACCAAAACUGUUACGUGGAAAGAUUGA